AUGCUUUUAGUACAAGCUAUACUGGUAUUUUCUCUCUUAUUUAUAAGAGGAACUUAUUCAGAAGUCGUUUCUUGUAAUCACAAAACUCCAGUAUGUCAGUGCACUACAGCCAGUGAUGAAGUGUGUGAGUUUAACUUUGACAUUGAGAUGCUGCAGACCUUUACCCGAUAUCUGCUGGAUGAGGAUGAAGACUCAAGGGGCACUGCAGGAAGUGUCUGGCAUAUUAAUAAUGGAGAAUGGGAGCUAGUUGAUCCUACGGACACACUCUGUGGUAACUCUAUUCGUAGUGAGAAAUCUAAAAGAUGUACUCAACCGUUUGGUGUUGAUGGGUACACGUUUCGCUCCUUUAUAGCAGUCAAUGGACGUAUACCAGGACCAACACUCAUUGUAACUGAGGGUCAGUUGGUUAAAGUGAAUGUAAUCAAUAGAUUAGCAUCAGAGAGUGUAUCUGUACACUGGCAUGGGAUGCAUCAAAGGAACAGUAACUGGAUGGAUGGAGUGGAGCAUAUUACACAGUGUGGUAUACCUCCAGGAGCUAGUUUUACUUAUAUCUUUAAAGCUGAACCUUCUGGCACUCACUGGUACCACUCUCACAGUGGAGCUCAGAGAACUGAUGGACUCUUUGGAGCUCUCAUUGUUAAAGAGAAGGAGCAAGGUAAUGCACAAUACACUGCCUUCCUGAACAAGUUGAAUGACAUGAACAUAAAUAAUUAUGAUGAUGAAAAGCCUGGUGAUCAUACUCUCACUCUUCUUGACUGGCAAGAGUCAAGCUCACUGGAUCUCUUCACACAAAUACACUCAAGUAUUAGGUACUUCGAAGUUGACAGAGCAUCAGACCUCUCAGGAUCAGGAGCUGGUAGUACGUAUUCAUCAGAUGGUGCAGAGAUAGGGCCCGUGCCUUAUUGGUCUGGACUAAUAAAUGGAAGGGGAAGACAUAAUAGUGUUGAUUACACUAAUUCUAUUUUAAGUGAGUUUAAAGUUACUGCAAGACAAAAUUAUCGAUUUCGUUUAAUUGGUGCUCAGAGUCUUUAUGCUUAUC